GGACGAGUUAGGGUGUUGCUGCUGCUCCCGAGGCCCUGGCCAAUGGAACCCGAUCCACCCCGCUGUGCGUAAGCGCGCAAUUAAGGAUUUAACCAAGGCUGUGCUGCGCCUCAGCCAUCAGUCAGCCCGCCGGAGACAGAGCCUCCACGACUCCCAGCCUCCUCCUCGCCGCCGCCGCCGCCGCCGCCUCCUCCUUCUCUCCUCCUCCUCCUCUUCCUCCUCCUCCCUCGCUCCCACAGCCAUGUCUGCUUAGACCAGAACAGCCCCACAGCCAACUCGGGCAGCAGCCGCCGCCACAGCAGCAAGGACAGCCGCCGCCGGUGAGCGAUGACAGGAGUGUUUGACAGAAGGGUCCCCAGCAUCCGAUCCGGCGACUUCCAAGCUCCGUUCCAGACGUCCGCAGCCAUGCACCAUCCGUCUCAGGAAUCGCCAACUUUGCCCGAGUCGUCGGCCACCGAUUCCGACUACUACAGUCCCACGGGGGGAGCCCCACACGGCUACUGCUCUCCUACCUCGGCUUCCUAUGGCAAAGCGCUCAACCCCUACCAGUACCAGUACCAUGGCGUAAAUGGCUCGGCCGGCAGCUACCCCGCCAAAGCUUACGCCGACUACAGCUACGCCAGCCCCUACCACCAGUACGGCGGCGCCUACAACCGCGUCCCGAGCGCCGCCAGCCAGCCAGAGAAAGAAGUGGCCGAGCCCGAGGUGAGGAUGGUGAAUGGCAAACCAAAGAAAGUUCGUAAACCCAGGACUAUUUAUUCCAGCUUUCAGCUGGCCGCGUUGCAGAGAAGGUUUCAGAAGACUCAGUACCUCGCCCUGCCCGAACGCGCCGAACUAGCCGCCUCGCUGGGACUGACGCAAACACAGGUGAAAAUCUGGUUUCAGAACAAAAGAUCCAAGAUCAAGAAGAUCAUGAAAAACGGGGAGAUGCCCCCGGAGCACAGUCCCAGCUCCAGCGACCCUAUGGCGUGUAACUCGCCGCAGUCUCCGGCGGUGUGGGAGCCCCAGGGCUCGUCCCGCUCGCUCAGCCACCACCCUCAUGCCCACCCUCCGACCUCCAACCAGUCCCCCGCGUCCAGCUACCUGGAGAACUCGGCUUCCUGGUACCCGAGCGCAGCCAGCUCAAUCAAUUCCCACCUGCCGCCGCCCGGCUCCUUACAGCACCCGCUGGCGCUGGCCUCCGGGACACUCUAUUAGACAGGCGGCUUUCUCUUGCUCUCUUUUUUGGGACUGCUGUGUUUUGCUGUUCUAGAAAAUCAUAAAGAAAGGAAUUCAUUUGGGGAAGUUUGGAAAACGGAAACAAAAAAGAUUCAUGUGUAAAGCUUUUUUUUGCAUGUAAGUUAUUGCAUUUCAGAGGACCCUCGUUCCCCCUUUUUUUACAGACGAACUUUUUUUGCGCAACUGUGGACACUAUCAAUGGUGCCUUGAAAUCUAUGACCUCAACUUUUCAAAAGACUUUUUUUCAAUGUUAUUUUAACCAUGUAAAUAAGUGUAGAUAGAGGAAUUAAACUGUAUAUUCUGGAUAAAUAAAAUUAUUUCGACCAUGAAAGCCAAAUGUUUCUU